AUGACACCUAACUCAGUCUCAAACACUCCAGUGGCGCCCGCUCACCACCACCACCACCAACAGCAACAGCACCUUGGCCAUUCCAGCGUCCCACUGCCACUGUAUCAUAGACAAACACAAGGCUCGCAUCAGCAGCAGCAAAAUCAAGUCGACAUGGCGAUCCCUGGAUGUGCUUAUUGGAGUGGGCCAGGAGAAUCUGGUGCUUAUGGCCCACGUGAUACCAAACAGGGCCAACACCAGGUGCGACUUCAAGAGAACGGAUUUUUUUAA